CCCCCUCAUUCCUUUGGCUCAGCCCAAACACUCUGUCCCUCCCUCCUCUUUCCUCUCUCUUUGUCUCACUUUCUCUCCCCUAUUUGCAAUGUUAGUUACUCUCUCCCUUUCCUUAACCUUUUUAUGAUCAAGAUGUUGGAUCACAAUAAGUUUCUUUUGCUCCAACUGAAUCAUAGUUAGAAUGCCGAGCCCUCGCGAUGGCACGAAGAUCUUCGGAAUCGAAAUAUGUAGGAAAAGAGAGAUGGUAUUGUGAACCUGGAGAUAACUAGCAUGAUGGUGUGUGUGGAUUGUGGUUCAGACACUAAAACCUGGAAAGUUUUGCAGAUGUUUGGCUCUUGAGCCAGCCAUCCUGACAGGUCAAUUUGUAAUAUGAUCAUCAAGCAUAAAUUUGCACCCAAAGCCUGAUCAAACAGUGUCAGUGCUAUGAUCAGAGACUGGACAGAGUAUAUAUAUAUAUAUUAACAUUCAAGCUUAAGCUAGGGUAGGCAUUUAAGAUGGCAUCAGCACCUUCGAAAAAGGCGAUUCGCAGCCCUGGCGGCGUGGGAUCGCAGAGCGGCCGUAGCUCCGGCGGCCAGACUGUUAAGUUUGCGCGGAGGACGUCGAGCGGGCGGUACGUCAGCCUGUCGAGGGAGGACAUCGACAUGUCCGGUGAGCUGUCGGGGGACUACACCAACUACACCGUCCAGAUUCCCCCGACGCCCGACAACCAGCCGAUGGACGGCCAGAUGGACUCUGGGGCGGCGGCGUCGGUGGCGCUCAAGGCCGAGGAGCAGUACGUGUCGAACUCCCUGUUCACGGGCGGCUUCAACAGCGUCACGCGGGCCCACCUGAUGGACAAGGUGAUCGACUCCGAGGUCAGCCACCCGCAGAUGGCCGGCGCCAAGGGCUCCGCCUGCGCCAUGCCUGCCUGCGACGGCAAGGUCAUGCGCAGCGAGCGCGGCGAGGACAUCGAUCCCUGCGAAUGCAGGUUUAAGAUAUGCAGAGACUGCUAUUUAGAUGCGCAGAAAGAGACCGGCACAUGCCCGGGAUGCAAGGAGCCGUACAAGAUCGGCGAAUACGAGGACGAUGCGCCCGACCUAACGUCGGGAAAGCUCCCCCUCCCGGCCCCCGGCAGUGCCAAGCCCGACAACCGCAUGUCCCUGAUGCGGAGCCAGACGGGCGAGUUCGACCACAACCGCUGGCUCUUCGAGAGCAAAGGAACCUACGGCUACGGCAACGCCUUCUGGCCCAAGAACGGCAGCGGCAUGUACGACGACGAUCUCGACGAUGGUAUGGGCGAUGGCAUUCCUGAACAGACUGACAAGCCUUGGAAGCCCCUGACGCGCAAGAUACCGAUGCCUGCCGCCAUCAUCAGCCCUUACAGGCUGCUCAUGUUCGUCCGGCUGUUCACGCUUUUCUUCUUCCUCGGAUGGCGGGUUAAGCACCCGAACGAAGAAGCCUACUGGCUGUGGGGAAUGUCGAUCGUGUGCGAGAUAUGGUUCGCCUUCUCGUGGUUGCUCGAUCAGCUUCCGAAGCUGUGCCCCAUCAAUCGAUCGACGGACUUGUCGGUGCUCAAGGAAAAGUUCGAGACGCCGUCCCCGGCCAACCCCACCGGGCGGUCUGAUCUUCCGGGGAUCGACGUGUUCGUGUCGACGGCCGACCCGGAGAAAGAACCGCCUCUCGUCACUGCUAACACCAUCUUGUCGAUUCUAGCGGUCGACUACCCGGUGGAUAAGCUGGCAUGCUACAUUUCGGACGACGGCGGGGCACUGCUGACCUUCGAGGCGAUGGCGGAGGCCGCGAGCUUCGCCAACGUCUGGGUCCCCUUCUGCAGGAAACACGAUAUCGAGCCGAGGAACCCCGACAGCUACUUCAACGUGAAGGGGGACCCGACGAAGAACAAGAGGCGGUCGGACUUCGUCAAGGAUAGGAGGAAGGUAAAGAGAGAGUACGACGAGUUCAAGGUGAGGAUAAACGGGCUGCCCGACUCCAUCAGGCGGCGGUCGGAGGCAUUCAACGCGAGGGAGGACAUGAAGAUGCUCAAGCACAUGAGAGAGACCGGCGCCGACCCGAUGGAGCAGCCUAAGGUCCCCAAAGCCACAUGGAUGGCCGACGGCACGCACUGGCCGGGCACGUGGGCCGUCGGUUCGCCCGAGCACUCGAAAGGCGACCACGCCGGCAUCCUCCAGGUUAUGCUGAAGCCACCGUCGGCGGAUCCGUUAUACGGCCUGCCGGAGGAGGAGCAGAUGAUCGACUUCAGCGACGUGGACAUUCGCCUGCCGAUGAUGGUGUACAUGUCGCGGGAGAAGCGCCCGGGUUACGACCACAACAAGAAGGCGGGGGCGAUGAACGCGCUAGUCCGCGCCUCCGCCAUCAUGUCCAACGGGCCCUUCAUCCUCAACCUCGACUGCGACCACUACAUCUACAACUGCCAGGCCAUCCGCGAGGGGAUGUGCUUCAUGUUGGACCGCGGCGGGGAUCGCAUCUGCUACAUUCAGUUCCCGCAGCGGUUCGAGGGCAUCGACCCCUCCGACCGCUACGCCAACCACAACACCGUCUUCUUCGACGGCAACAUGCGCGCCCUCGACGGACUUCAAGGUCCGGUGUACGUCGGGACAGGAUGCCUGUUCCGGCGGUUCGCACUCUACGGCUUCGACCCCCCGAGGGCGACGGAGUAUUCGGGUCUGUUCAUGAAGAAGCAGAAGAAGGACAUGUUCAAGGACCCCGAAGCGGAGAUGCAAUCGCUGAGAGCGGAAGACUUCGACAGCGAGCUCGACACCGCCCUUCUGCCCAAGCGCUUUGGCAACUCUGCCGCGCUUGCCGAGUCGAUACCGAUAGCCGAGUUCCAGGGCCGUCCGCUCGCCGACCACCCUGGGGUCAAGCACGGGCGCCCUCCCGGCGCCCUCACUGUCCCCCGCCCUCCUCUCGACCCUUCCACCGUCGCUGAGGCCGUCUCCGUCAUAUCCUGCUGGUACGAGGACAAGACGGAGUGGGGGGAGAGGGUGGGGUGGAUCUACGGGUCGGUGACGGAGGACGUGGUGACGGGGUACCGCAUGCACAACCGCGGGUGGCGGUCGGUGUACUGCAUCACGAAGCGCGACGCGUUCCGCGGGUCGGCACCGAUAAAUCUGACCGAUCGACUGCACCAGGUGCUGCGGUGGGCCACGGGCUCCGUGGAGAUCUUCUUCUCCCGGAACAACGCCUUCCUCGCCUCCUCGCGGCUCAAGUUCCUGCAGCGCAUCGCCUACCUCAACGUCGGCAUCUACCCGUUCACCUCGAUCUUCCUCCUCGUCUACUGCUUCCUCCCCGCGCUCUCCCUCUUCUCCGGCAAGUUCAUCGUGCAGACGCUCAACGUCACGUUCCUCGUCUACCUCCUCACCAUCACCGUCACCCUCAUUCUCCUCGCCAUCCUCGAGGUGAAGUGGUCGGGCGUCGGGCUCGAGGAGUGGUGGCGCAACGAGCAGUUCUGGCUCAUCUCCGGCACCAGCGCGCACCUCUACGCCGUCGUGCAGGGGCUGCUCAAGGUCGUCGCCGGCAUCGAGAUCUCCUUCACGCUCACGUCCAAGUCCUCGGGGGAGGACAACGAAGACAUCUACGCCGACCUCUACAUCGUGAAGUGGUCGUCGCUCAUGAUCCCGCCGAUAACCAUCAUGAUGGUGAACAUUAUCGCCAUCGCUUUCGCGUUCGCCCGGACCAUCUACAGCCAGGUGCCGCAGUGGAGCAAGCUCAUCGGCGGGGGCUUCUUCAGCUUCUGGGUGCUCGCGCAUCUCUACCCCUUCGCCAAAGGGCUCAUGGGGAGGAGGGGGAAGACGCCGACCAUCGUCUUCGUCUGGUCGGGACUCAUCGCCAUCACCAUCUCCUUGCUCUGGAUCGCCAUCAACCCUCCCAAGGCCGGCGGGGGCGUGGUCGGUGGCGCUGGCGCUGGCGGCGGCGGCGGCUUCCAGUUCCCCUGAUCAGAUAAAUGAAAAAUGAAAAUUAAAGGAUAUAUAGAUGAUCAACAAAAGAAGACUUUAGAAACUAAACUAAUAAUGUCGCGCAUUUACUUAAUAUUUUGAUUAUUUCAUGCACGCGCACGUAAACUUACGUGAUCCAUAUUUUGGAAACAUGCAUGCAUGCAUGCACAUGAACGAGGGGGAGAGGCUGAUACGGUUAAUUAAUUAAUUGCUCACGUAGCUAGAAGACUAAUAGAAAUGGAUUUAAUUAGUUGUUGGUUUUUUUUUUAUAUUUUUUGGUGCGGACAAAAUUGCAUGUAUUAAUCCAACAAGUGAAAACAAAUUACUAUUAUUUUGUUUUUUA